AUGACGCUGGGACUCUGUUGGGCGACAGCAUUUUCUAGUGAUUGCUCAGAGGUCAUGCAGAAGUCACAAGGGACUGCCACAGAUGGUCUCUAUAUAAUACAGCCAGAAAGUGUUAACAUAGUUGUAUUUUGUAUCAUGCAAGAUGGCGGAUGGACAGUGGUUCAACAUAUUACAGCCAAUAGCAGUUUGGACUUUGAUCGCAACUGGGAAGAUUAUAAACUAGGCUUUGGCAAUGCUCUUGGUGACCACUGGCUGGGUAAUGAAUAUAUGCAUCAGUUAACCCAACCUCCUGGUCAUCACAAGCUGGGCAUUAAACUGGUAAACAUGGAAGGACAGAUAAAGUGGGGAAUGUACAGCCCAGCUCUGAUUGAGUCGGAGGAAUCUCAGUAUCGUUUGCGCCUUGGAUUAUAUCAUGGUUCUGCCAACGAUGCCAUGACCCAUGAUACAGUGGCAUAUCUCCAUGAUAACCAGAAAUUCACCACCAAAGAUCGGGACAAUGAUAAUUAUUUUCAAAACUGCGCCAGGCUGGAGUUUCAGGGCAUUGCUGGUGGAGGCUGGUGGUAUGAUGCUUGUGCUGGGGCAAACCUCAACCGAAAGAAUGUAAUCUACUGGCAAAAGGAUUGCAACAAGGAGAAGCCUUGCAAAUAUGCCAGCAUGAUGAUGCAGCCAGUGGCAGUCAAAGAAUGUGAACACACUGUACACUGUCAUAAAGAUGAAUUAUGA